UCGGUCGUGAGUAUGUGCUUCUGCUCUUCAUUCUCUAGAAGCACUUUCUUGAGUCGUUUAAUGUACCUACUGAACAAUUAGAUAUGGAACUUACUCAGAAGCCUGUUCUGAGUUACAAAAAUACAGUGGGUAAGCUUAAAUACCGGCGCGCUCCUCAGAAAGUGGGGCUCUAUGUUCAAAACAAACAUGGCGCCACCCGAGUAUUCGAAGGAGCAAGGAAUUCUUUCACCAUAUUGACGUUCGGACAUGACCGGCAAAAAAGACGUUUUGUCCGAUGAAUAAAACUAUUUGAUCUUUAACUAUUGUGGGGUAUUUUACAACAGAAGCUUGUGCUUGCUGUAUAUCAGCGUAAACGUCAUAGCUAGGGCAAAUUAAUACUAAUUGCAUCAUUCUAUAUAUAAAGACAGUUGCUUCAUCGCCUCGCUAUUAACAAUGGCACAAGCCGUACAUAGCGCAGAGGAUACAGUACGCUACCGGGUGUUUUGUUCAUUGGGAGAAAACGCUGGCAUUAUUUCUGAUUCCAAAGGCAGUGCCCUGGGACCAAGGGCUAUUCUGGACCGACGUUUGGCCGCCAUUGAGGACAAGGUCCGUGUACGGGUUGCUGAUUAUAUGUGGCAUGUAGAACGGUUUAACCUGAAAGUUGUUGAUUCAGCGACUGAACCUGGACUCGAGCCGCAUCUUGCAGGCAGCGUAUUUUACGGCGAGAAUGUAGAUGAUGAGUGGUUUGUGGCACAUCUGUUCUUCGAGUUGACCCGCGACGACAGCGACCUCGUUGUUCAGGUAGAUGAUGAAGAUGGGAAUAUAUUUCUAAUCGAAGCGGCCAACGUGCUUCCGCGUUGGUUAACACCGGAAAAUGGUGAUAAUCGAGUAUAUUUGCAUCGAGGUGUUGUGCAUAUUGUACCAGAAAGUGCCAUCCCUGAGGCUGACUUGACAGUUAAACGUGCCGUUUCCUUUGUGCGAGCCACUCCGGCACAAAGUGUCGCAUCAGCUGCCAUACAGCAGGCCAUUCGCGGCAAGACCAAGGACUUUGAGAGUGUCAAGAUGAUGCGCGCGACAAAAUUGCACCGAGCCACCGUUGCCCUCCCGGUGAGAGCCGCAGCUCUUCUGCGUGAAGAUCCAUCUCUCGUCGCUGACGCUGCGCGGGCGUUUGCCCUUCGCACACCUCUUGACGAUCGAGCACUUCGCGCCAUGAAACAUUUUCCACCAGAGGUCCUCGUACGCCGAUCAUUGCUUUUGACACGCUUUAAUUAUGGACAAUUGCGUCAUGAGCGGUGUGUCCCAAAUCCAUUGACGGGUUGGAAAAUACCAGGAGCCCGAACUAACCGCAACAGUCCCGAGUUUAUUGAAGCCGACCUUGGCAUGAAACUUGCCUGUGGUCUGGAAAUUCUUUGCGUCGCUCUUGAAGAAAAAAAGACGUCAAUCGAUACGAAUACGCGCUUCCUCUAUUACAUUCGUCGUCUCAAGGAACGAAACUACUUUCAGGGAAACCUUGAAUGCUCAGAAAAGUAUAAGGAAUUAUAUGAUAAAGCUAAGGGCUACUUUCUACAACAGGAUAACGAUGGGGAGGAUCCGGAGACUAGUCAUCAACCGAUGCCUGAUAUUCUAGAGCGCGUCAAGGCUCUCCAACCCGAUAUGGCUGGACUUAUCGAAGAAGAGAAAGAUCUUACUCCGCCAGAUAGCGAACAUUGGCUUGAACUGGAUGAUGCUGAGCUCAAUAAGCUUCUCGCGCAGUACACGCAAGGCGCUCCUAGUCGAGGACUACAAGAGGCCUAUCACGAAGAGUCACUCACCCAGCAGAUAACGCAGGGACUUGAAGACUUUAUGAAACAUGUUUCAAAUUUCGACGGUGCCACGGCGCCAGUGGCAAAAACGGCAUCCUCAAGCUCACGACGCCGGCGCCCCAAGAGUAAGGACAAAACGAAGCGUCGCAAAAAGGGCGGCCUCAUAGCCGGUACUGCUGCCUCAGGGCUGAGCAACUUAACAAGCAACAAUGGAACACAAUCCGGACAUGGUGUUCCAAUAAAGAAGGACGAAGCAACCGCCGUGGGAAUCGAUGACAUGACAAACCUUUUGAGCGCUGUGCUCGAUUUCAAAAUACCGUCAGAGUCCGAUGACGACUCGAGCUCAAUGAGUAGUUAUGGCGAAGAUGUGAGUGAGGGUCUUGCUCGAGACAUGCAGCAGUACAUGUCGCUCAUGGAUAAAGAGCUCAGUGGAACGAAAGUGGGACAGAGUUUUGAGCGAGUGGCGCCGCGUGCUGCUCUGGAGAACUGGGACGAUGAUGUACCCGCUGUGGACAUUCCAUUAACAGCUCUAAAGAACAUUCUAAAAUCAACCUCUGCCGCUCGCGGAAAUCCGGGCCCCGCGCAAAACCUUUUGCAUUCGAUGGGAGUCCACAUACCACCCAAUUUGGAUAGUGAUGACGAUCCUGAGCCGGUGAAUCCAUAAGCCUGAACUACGGAGUUGCUAGUCUGGCCGUUACAGCAGUUUUUCCUUGUCAAGAUUGAGCACACAACUAUUCUGAUAAUUCGGUUAAUAACUCGGAUGGGUUUGCUGGUGUUGAGACUUUAUAGGUGUCCUAAAAUUUUAAGCUCUUGUUUGUCGUAUUCAUCUAUAAAAGAGUUUAGGAGAAAAAUAACAAACAAAUACAAUAUAUUCUCAAAAAUGGCUUUUGGUGUCAAGCUGUUUCAUCCAAAUGCACGGAACAGCGUGUAAUUUAGUUUUGAUAAAGGGCUAAAAGCAUUCGUACGCGUUAUUGUACGAGGAACUUACAAUGUGAAAGUACAAUGAACUCCCAACAUCAUCUGUUUCGAUUUACACAAAACUACCCAUUGUCAGUCUAACGAAAGCGUCAAUUAUUGUCGAUCAGGUGGUAUUUUUUAGCAUUCCAUCAUAGCAGAAACGCAACAAAUAUGAGUAAAAACGUGUUCGAGCAGUACAACCUGAACAUUAGGCUCAACACCUUUCUUCUUGUAAAUUAUUAUUUAAAAACUCUAAAAAUAGUUAUUAAAGAAAGGGAGCGGAAGCAUAAAUGCUUUCACAUUCUGACUAAUUGUUUGCUCUAUUCUUCAUAUUCAAAAUAUAGUUGACGAGAAGAUGAUCGAUCUCCUAGUGUGACGCCACUUAGUAGUCAUGUUCGCCGUAUUGUUAUUGUUAGCACAAAAAUGAUUAAUCAAAUACACAUGUUGUCUUAUUACAGACUGUAUCUGAGAAAUAAGCAAACACUAAAUAGAAAA